GGAGAUCCGGAUCCGGAGCGGCUGAAAGGCGGAAGUGGAGGCCGGAGCCUGGGACACCGCCGGGGGGAGAGGAGCGGAGCUUGUCCGAGCACCGGCCCCAAGUAACGCCGCCGCCCCGGAGCCGCGUUGGAGACUCCCCUCCCCACUAAGUGCCUCUUUGCACAGCGCCGGCCCCCGCCCCCACGCUCACUGGUACCAUUACAGCGGGACGGGCCAUGGCGGGUCGGGGAGGUGCAGCGCGACCCAACGGACCAGCUGCUGGGAACAAGAUCUGCCAGUUUAAGCUGGUCCUGCUGGGGGAGUCUGCGGUGGGCAAAUCCAGCCUCGUCCUCCGCUUUGUCAAGGGUCAGUUCCAUGAGUACCAGGAGAGCACAAUUGGAGCGGCCUUCCUCACACAGACCGUCUGCUUGGACGACACAACAGUCAAGUUUGAAAUCUGGGACACAGCUGGACAGGAGCGGUAUCACAGCCUGGCCCCCAUGUACUAUCGGGGGGCCCAGGCCGCCAUCGUGGUCUACGACAUCACCAACACAGAUACGUUCGCACGAGCCAAGAACUGGGUGAAGGAGUUGCAGAGGCAGGCCAGCCCCAACAUCGUCAUUGCACUCGCAGGCAACAAGGCGGACCUGGCCAGCAAGAGAGCUGUGGAGUUCCAGGAAGCACAAGCGUAUGCAGAGGACAACAGUUUGCUGUUCAUGGAGACAUCAGCAAAGACUGCGAUGAACGUGAAUGAGAUUUUCAUGGCAAUAGCUAAGAAGCUUCCCAAGAACGAGUCCCAGAAUGCAACUGGUGCUCCGGGCCGGAACCGAGGCGUGGACCUCCAGGAGAACAACCCCGCCAGCCGGAGCCAGUGCUGCAGCAACUGAGCCCCCCUCGCCUACCCACUGCCCCCGCCUCCUCCGCCUCAACGGACCCGACUGGAAUCCAUUCUAACCAAUCGCACUUACCGACGCGGGCCACCGCUGGGGGGGCAGGGGGAGGGGUCCACCAUGAUUUCUCCAUAUCGUUUUGAUCAUAGGCCGGAGUGAGUUAUUCCACCUGCACCUUUCUGUACAAAUACUAAUUCAAUUUUAAGUCUUAAGUCACUUUUUUAAUAUAUAUGAUCUGCUCUUCCCACUUCCUGCCCUCUCUACUGCUCUCCCACUCUUCCUUGCUGGUAGGAGCCACGGGCCCCUGUUCCCCGGGCCUGGUGUGUGGGGAGGCGGGGCUGGAGCAGUUACCCUCGUCCCCCUCCUGCUGAGCAGCAGGCCCGGCAGGAGCAGCCAUAUCCUUACUGUGUUUGGAGUGCGCUUGGUUCGGGGUGGGGGGCAGGCCCUGGGGCCAGGGGAGGGAGGGCAGCUCUCCCCUCAGCUGGCUGUCAGCAGGCGGCAGCGCCCCCCACCCCCACCCCCUGACUCACAGCUGGGAAGGAACCCACAGCAUUACCACAGCAUUAUUGUGACAGCCACGAGCCCAUUGCCCACAGCCCCCUUCCCCCUCGUCCUUGGUCACCCUGACCUCUGGCUCUGAGCCCUGUUCUGACCAAAUCACGAUGAUGAGUAUUUGGGGGGGGGGUGGGUAAGGGGGCGGUAGUGGGAGGGGAUGGAACCAACUUUUUCUGUAUUUUGUAUGUUUUCUUCAACAUGUAACCAAUCAGUAUCUUGUCAAUAUAGUCAGCCGAUCGAUCGAC